AUGAAGGGUUUCAGACAGAGAGUGCACGACCAGUUGUCGCGGGCGAAAGACAACAAGUCCUCGAAAAAGAAAGAAUCCAACACUUCGCAAAACCAGUCCCUCGGCAUCUCAAAUACACAGCAGUCUACUUCGCCAAACCAAGGCACACCCACAUCCUCCACAACAUCUCUCAAUGACCCGCGAAACAAGUCCCCGGACAAUGCUUCCCCGGCCGGAACCCCGUCUGCGGGCGCACCCCACCCUGGCACUCCGGUCCAACACUAUAUCCCACAACCAGGUGUUGCAGGACAGCCUGUAAGCAAUGGACCAGGAACCCCGACCAGACAAGGCCAACCGUCGGCCCCCAGCGUUAUCAUCAGCCCUAGCGCACCGCAUGUUCCGCCCCCUGGCGCUGCCGAAACUAUGCCUGGAGAUCUCGCACCUCCCAGGAAGUCCCACGUGUUCGACCGCUUACAGACAACCCCCAAGGACUUGUCGGAAGGGAUCCGGACCCCGAAACGCCAGCAUUCGUCGCGGUUCGACAUCUCCGAUCAGCGCCAGAGAGAGUUGGAGAAGCUGCCAGGAUUCCACGAAGUGCCCCCCAACCGGCGCCAGGACUUGUUCAUGCAAAAGAUCGACCAGUGCAACAUCAUCUUCGAUUUCAACGACCCGACGGCCGAUAUGAAGUCCAAGGAGAUCAAGAGACUGGCGCUGCAUGAACUAUUAGAUUACGUUGCCAAUAACCGGUCGGUUAUCACGGAACCCAUGUAUCCCCGCGUGGUAGAGAUGUUUGCCAAGAACCUGUUUCGACCCAUCCCCCCUCCCAUGACGCCUCAAGGGGAAGCAUUCGACCCAGAGGAGGACGAGCCAGUUUUGGAGGUCGCAUGGCCUCAUAUUCAGGUUGUAUAUGAGUUCUUCCUGAGAUUUAUUGAAAGCCAGGAUUUCAACACGAACAUCGCGAAGGGCUUCAUUGAUCAUCAGUUUGUCCUAUCGUUGUUGGACCUCUUUGAUUCCGAAGAUCCUCGUGAACGUGAUUUCCUCAAGACAACUUUACAUCGCAUCUAUGGUAAAUUCUUGAACUUGCGGUCAUACAUUCGCCGAUCUAUCAACAAUGUCUUCUUCCAGUUCAUGUAUGAGACAGAGCGUCACAACGGUAUCGCUGAGUUGCUGGAGAUUUUGGGCUCCAUUAUCAACGGCUUCGCCUUGCCGCUCAAGGAGGAGCACAAGCUCUUCCUGACCCGAGUGCUCCUCCCUAUGCACAAAGUGAAGAGCCUCAGCAUGUACCACCCGCAAUUGGCCUACUGUAUUGUGCAAUUCUUGGAGAAGGAUUCUACACUGACUGAAGAUGUUGUCCUCGGCUUACUGCGGUUCUGGCCCAAGACCAACAGCACCAAGGAGGUCAUGUACCUUAACGAGGUGGAAGACAUCUUCGAGGUAAUGGAUCCUGGCGAGUUUGCCAAAGUGCAGGAGCCUCUGUUCAAUCAGUUGGCCAAGUCUGUUGCUAGCCCUCAUUUCCAGGUCGCUGAGCGUGCUUUGUACUUCUGGAAUAACGAGUACUUCUGCAAUCUUGUGAGCGACAACGUGGAGACUAUUCUUCCGAUCAUGUUCGCGCCCCUCUACGAGAACUCCAAGGGCCACUGGAACAGGACUAUCCACAGCAUGGUGUACAAUGCCAUGAAGAUGUUCAUGGAGAUCAACCCACAACUCUUCGAUGAGUGCUCCCACGAUUACACCGAGCAUCAGAACAACGCAGACCAGCGCGAGAAGACCCGCACGGACCGUUGGGACAUGAUUGAACAACAAGCCAAAGAUCGGAAGAAUGGCAUUCCUCCUCCCCCGCCCCCCGCCGUCGACGUGCCGGAGCCGAUCGAUGAAGUAGAGGCCAUGACCCACGAGAGUCAAAAGAAGCUGAACACCCUGAAACUGGCUGAUGACUCUGAGGUCACCAAGGAACGACCCAGCAGGGAAGGGACUCCUAAUUCGAAGCGUGAUUCUAACGUGCAAACGUCCGUUCCUUCCAGACAAGACGCCGAGGCUCUCUUCGCAGCACUGGCCGCAGGCGACGGAGCGGAAGCGGCAGUGAGAUUCGCCCUCGACGACGAUCAGUCGGUGGGACUAGCGCGACCAAUGUACAGAUCUUGCAUCGAAGCAAUUCCACCAAAUAAUGGUUUCGUGACGGAGAUGGACUGCUGA